AUGGAAAGGGAACAACAGCUCAAGAAGAAGUACGAGCAGCACCAAGUUCGCAUGAAGUUUGAGGUAGUACCACCAACUGCCCUCACUGAGGUGUACCAUCACAUUGAUGACUGUCUGCCCGCGACCAACAGCCUUGCCCCAAGGCGUGCACGAUCGUCUCGUGGUGUAGCAUUCGGCACCGACACACACAACCCGCACUGCCGUAGAUGUUCAAAGCAGUUUCCGUGCACACUAGUCCAGCUUUGCGACAACCUCAUCACGCAGACGGAAUGCGCCCCAGGACGAUGCAGCGCUAAUGAGCUUUGCCGAAAUCAAGCCAUUUCCAAGAAACUCUUCCCCCCCACAACAAUUGUUGAUGAUUCAAAGUUGACCCAUGCAUUGCGUGUCGAUGAAAGUGUCCCUGCAGGAACAAAAAUCAUCGAGUACGUGGGUGAACACAUCGGCAAAGAAGAGGUUGCAGCACGGAAGGAAAAGCGUCAUGGCGCGAAGGAUUGGUACAUCGUGCGCGUGGGCACCAACGGAGACUUGUACGUUGACGCCUCGAAGUUCGGUAACAACUCGCGGUUUAUCAAUCAUGCCUACGUUCCGAAUUGCCGCUUCGAGGUAUGGUAUGUAGACACUAAACCAAGACUCAUGGUGGUCGCGAACACUGCUCUCGAGCAAGGCACUAUAUUGACGCUCUCUUACAUGAACGCGGCCCUCGCCGCGUUGGAGCUCGUCGACUUCAUGGCAUCUGUGCACCAUGGCGAGCACAUCCUUACCACGGCGCAUCUGGUCACGUGGCUCAAGACGUACCAGCUUGAAUGGUUGGCUGAGUACAUGAGCUCCAAGCCGACCGACGAGCGCACGUACAAGUCACUGGUGCAAUGGUGCCUUCGUUUCGGCAACCCACAUGGCUACCACCAUCGUGUUCCUUACCUUGUGAAGUCCACCCAAGAGGAGCUUGCUGUAACCCAAGAGACGUUUGCUGCUGAUUUCGGCUCGACGUUUGGCCAUCUUCCCAAACACGCAUGA